UCAUUCUCUCAUAGAAGUUCCCUUGAUUCUCACAAACACAUUCAUACAGGAGAGAAACCAUAUAAAUGUGAUAUUUGUGGUAAAUCAUUCUCUGAAAGGAGAGGCCUUACUUCUCACAAUAACAUUCAUACAGGAGAGAAACCAUAUAAAUGUGAUAUUUGUGGAAAAUCAUUCUCUCUAAAAAGUAGCCUUACUACUCAUAAACCUAUUCAUACAGGAGAGAAACCAUAUCAGUGCGAUAUCUGUGGUCGAUCAUUUUAUCAUAACAGUGGCCUUGCUUAUCACAAAUCGCUUCAUAAAGAGGAGAAACCAUUUCACUGCAAUAUUUGUGGUAAAUCAUUCUCUCAAAAAAGUCACCUUACUCAUCACAAAUACACUCAUACUGGAGAGAAACCAUAUCAGUGUGAUAUCUGUGGUAAAUCAUUCUCUCAAAGGACUGCCCUGUCUUAUCACAAAUUCGUUCAUACUGGAGAGAAACCAUAUCAGUGUGAUAUCUGUGGUAAAUCAUUCUCUAAAAAAUAUACCCUUACUAAACACAAAUACACUCAUACAGGAGAGAAACCAUAUCAAUGUCGUAUUUGCGGUAAAUCAUUCUCUCAUAUGAGUAGCCUUGAUCUUCACAAACACAUUCAUACAGGAGAGAAACCACAUCACUGUGAUAUUUGUGGUAAAUCAUUCUCUCAAAAAAGUCACCUUUCUUCUCACAAAUCAGUUCAUACAGGUGAGAAACCAUAUCGAUGCGAUAUCUGUGGUAAAUUAUUCUCCCAGAAGAGGUACUUAAAUGGACACAAAUGCAUUAAUACAGGGGACAAACCAUAGCACUGUAGUAUCUGCAGUAAAUCAUUCCGUUUAAGAAAAUGUUUAAUUAAUUACAAGUCUGCUCAAACUGGAGAGAAACUAUGUGACUGUGAUGUCUGCAGCAAAUCAUUCUCUCAGGAAUAUGCUGUAUAUACUUAUAAACGUAUUCAUACAGGAGAGAAACUCUAUUGCUGUGAUACCUGAGGUAAAUCAUUCUCUGUGGAACAAUAUUGAACUCAUCACAAAUACAUUCAUACAGGAGAGAAAUCAUAUCACUGUGACAUCUGGGACAAGUCAUUCUUUCAUAGAGAGAAAUAAUAAACUAAACACAAACAUAUUCAUACAGGAGAAGAUUCUUAUGACUGUGUAAUCUGUGCUAAAUCAUUCUCUCAAUAAUCUACCUUAACUAAACAUAUACUUAUUCAUAUUGAUCAAUAACAAUAUCAAUGAUAAAACAGAUGUCCUGCUGAAUAAAAUACAGCAAAUGUAUUACUUUUUACAAAAUAAAUUCAUUUUUCACAUUUUCCUCAUUUGCAUCAACUCACUAA